AUGGCCACGCGACAAGAAGCCACCUUAGUGCAAAAAUUGAAAGCGCAUCGCUUUUCAUUUUUCCUCUCUUGUCUGCCCGUCAUGCUCUUUAAGUCGUCCCUUCUCGCCCUCCUGGCCGUUCAGGUCUUUGGUGCGCCAGCCAAGCUCGUCGCAUGCGAGAAACAAGACCACAUCUCCUUGCAAAGCCAUUUGCCAUCCAUAUCCGGGUCACUACUGACCUGUCAUGUCUCCCAGGACACUGAGGAAGAAGCCGCCGCCCCCGCGCCGCUCAAGGCCACCAUCAGGGCCACGUUUCCCGACGCCGAGCUCCUCGGUCUGCGCCUCGUCAACGGCAAGCCGACGCGCGCCGUGCUCGAGGUGACCAACCACGACGAGGGCCCUAUUCAGGUCGCAUUCGUCUCGGGCGCGCUGUCCUCGGACAAGGCGCUGCCCCCGGACGCGCCGGCCUACCGCAGCAUCGUGCAUAACCUGACGGCGUCCGAGUACAACCUGGCCGUGGCCGCGGGCGAGUCGGCGCAGGUGCCCUACGCGUUUGCGCUCGACCUGCAGCCGCAGGACGUGCGCGUGCAGCUCACGGCCCUCGUCACCGACGCCAAGGGCGGCAUCUUUCCUGUGACGGCGUACAAUGGCACCGCGUCCAUUGUCGAGGCGCCCACUAGCUUCCUCGACCCUCAGAUCAUCUUCCUGUACCUCGUCCUCUCCGCCGCCUUUGCUGGAGCCCUCUACUUUGUCUACAAGACGUGGAUCGAGGCCCUCUUCCCGCCCGCCAAGAAGGCAGCGCGCACACCCAAGAAAGUCAGGAAGACCGAGAUCGACGCUGCCCUCUCCGGCUCCGAGUCGGCGGCUACCGCUUCGGGCAGCAGCAAGUACGACGAGAGCUGGAUCCCCGACCACCACAUUGCCCGCCCGGCUGGCAAGCGCUCCAAGUCGGGCACCCCCAAGGCCAAAUAA